UGGAGGGAAAUUCAUCGCCUCCCUCCUCUUCAAGCAUCAGUCUCUCGAGAAGUCGGAGAUUCAACGGAAGCUUUCACGGUAACCUCUAAUGGAGGCCGCGAGUAGAAGAAAAACCCCCCUCUCGAGUAGCCAUGGCAGUCACAGUAGGAGAACCAGAGGAAGAAGAAGGCCUCUGUCUGACUGCACCAACACCGUCGUCUCCCCGAGCUCUUCCUCCGCCUCCACUCCCAAACCUCCUCCCAAGACCAAUCCCUGGUCCUCCUCAGGAACCGCACGAAUCGGCAGCAAGGAUGGCGACGCUAAAACCCCGAGCUCCGAUAGUGUCCGACGGGCCUCGGCGCAUUCUUCCUCGACUCCAGAGUCCCACGAUGCGAAUGAUCUCUCGGAAGUUGAGCCUUUGACAGUUUACACUCGUCGAAGGACUGCAGAGAAAAGGAGGAUCAAGGGGAAGGCAAUUGCUGUCUCUGCAUCUUGUUCUCCUGUAAAAGGGUUUCGGCUUGUCAGGGACAAGCUUAUUGAAGAAAGAGAUGGUUAUCUAUCCAAGUCGUGCCCUCUACCUAUUACAAAGAGGCAGAAGUCUAAACCUCCAGAGUCUGGGAAAGAAUCUAAUGCCUUGGAAGAUUAUAUAAGGCAGCAAAAAUCAUAUUUUGCUGAAGUUGAUGCAUUUGAGUUGCUGGAGGAGGAGGUAGUGCCUGGUGAGGAGUCGGACUAAAUGCAUGGGAUUUACUGGAACCUUAAGGUAGCAUCUCAUACUUUGGUGCAAAUGGAGGGAUUAGGAUAUGAAUGACGAGCACCAAGUAACCUGAACACCGCGAGAUCGAUCGAUCUCUCAGAGUCAUCACAAAUAGUGGCAGAUUCCUCCACUUGCUAUACCACAUAUUCAAGAACUAAAAAUCCACCUGCAAAGUUUUCUAGUUACCUGGACAGAGCAGACUUUUAACCAGCAGAGGAUGUAAGGGGAUAGUAGUUCUCUGACUUGUUUAUAGAGUAUCUAUGCAAUGAAGAUUCUCAGCAUUGUACUAUACUGACUAGUAUUCAGAAAAAUUUGAUCGUCGCUGAUAUUUUCCUGGCGUCUUUUUUUUUUUUGUAAGCACAGUAAAUGUAAUUGAACUGAUUACACAAGUAAAUUUUUCUCACGUUGUUGGUCUGCCGUAUGGAUUUUAAUGAGAGGUACUAGAGGGAAAUAAUCAUCUUGUGAUCUCAAUUAUUUAA